AUGUCUUCUUUUUCGUUCCCCCCGGGCUUUGCCAUCAGUACCCCGCGCCUUAUGAUAACCCCAUUCAACCCCGAGAAUCCCAGUCACUGCGAGUUCCUCGUGCGACUAUGGAGUACCGAAGACUUUAUCAAAUCUUGCGGUCGCACAGGCUUGGAUACCUCUGAGAAGGCUGCAUCCUUCAUUCGACGUCGCGUCCUAGCUGACUAUGCUCGCAAUCAAUAUGGCCAAUUCUUGGUAUCUCUCUGUGAAGAGGAUCAAUCAUCAAGACCCAUCGGCUGUGUUUCUCUCAUGAAGGGGGAGCCAUCUGGUCCGCAUUACAAGGCGCCAGAUAUCGGAUAUACGAUUCUACCUGAGGAAAGCGGAAAGGGCUAUGCAACCGAGGCCGCCAGAGGAUUGCUGGAUUACGCCAGAAAUGAUCUCGGGAUUUACGCUGCCUUUGGAUUCUGCGCAGCUGAAGAUCAACGCAGCCGUCGAGUCUUGGAGAAACUUGAAAUGGUAUACAAGGGUGUCGCUGCCUUGACAGUUUUUGGCGGUAAAGAAAGCGCUGUCUAUGCACUGCCCGUAAUGGGCGAUGAUUUGACGAUAUAUGGCGUGACUGAAGCUCUGCGGCCUUAG